CGCAGCGCCCUGCAGAUAAACUGCAUAGGGCACGCCAUCCUGGACAACCCGGAUCUAAGAUGCUGGUUGGGGACUGUUGCUUUUGUUAGACUUCAAUUUGGACAUUUUUGUUGUGCAUUUCUGUUGAAGAAUGGCUGAGGAAGAAGAUGAUCCUGGCUUUGACGAGGAUGUUGACGAUGGAGGUAACGGUGCAGAAUCGGGCCAGGGGAAAAGAAAGAGACUUUUUUCGAAGGAGCUUCGCUGUAUGAUGUAUGGGUUUGGAGAUGACCAAAAUCCAUACACUGAAUCAGUGGAUAUCCUGGAGGAUCUGGUGAUCGAGUUCAUCACGGAGAUGACACACAAGGCGAUGUCUAUAGGGCGCCAGGGCCGUGUUCAGGUGGAGGACAUCGUCUUUCUCAUCCGCAAGGACCCUAGAAAGUUUGCGAGAGUGAAAGACCUGCUCACAAUGAACGAGGAGCUGAAGAAAGCUCGUAAAGCCUUUGACGAGGCAAAUUAUGGGUCUUAAAAUAGGCCAUUAUUUGUUAUGCUUUCAUUUUAUUCCACCCACCUGAAUAUGGUUACUUUUUGCCUGUUUGAGUUUUAACUGUUGUAAACAUUUGUACGGUAAUAUACAUCUAGCAAAAGCCCAGUUUUAUUGUUGCUCUGUAUUUUUGUGUUGUGUGAUAGUCCAUAAUGAUAUUGUCUUAAGACACUGUGAAAUAUUUUUCUUUUAUUCCCCCAAUCAAUUUGAGUUUUGCAGUUUAAUGAAUGAAUAAAGAUGCACGUGUAACCUCCACCACAGGUCCACAAUAAUACAUCCGAAGAGAAAAAAAAAUAUUCUCAAUGGGUCUGAGCUCACUAAAUACUUUUAAAUUAACUAAUAUUUUGAGUCCCGAGUUCGGGGUUUCACAAGACCCUCUCAACUUGUAUGAAACAAUAAUCAUGUAAUUUCAAAGAUGUAUGUGACCGCAACCUGAGGUUUUCACCAGCUGCAGAUAUCCAACUGAAUGAAUAAACCAUACAACAGAAUUAGUAUGAAUACAUUUUAACUGUAUUCUCAGUAUGAACCACUUGUCUUUCUCUCUUCAAAUCAGCAGUAUUACUGAUGAUCACAGUUCACACAUUAAAAAACAAAACCACAGAAUAGCAGCUGUAUGUAAAUACAGAAAUGACAGGCACAACAGCAAUGUCUUGAAAUAAACCAAUAACAAUACAAUUAAUAAUAUCAGUACAAAUUCCAAUCAGUCCUGUGUAUUGUAUAUGUGUUCAUUUCAGUGUGAAAAUGACAACAAAAUCUCCUCAAUCAACGAAGAAACCUCUUUUCCAUAUGCUCCAUCCUUUGACUAAUGAGCGCCCUCCAUUUUGGAACCUCCAGCGUUGCUCUCUCUCAUGCCCGAACACAGCUGAAAUAUGCCAUCCGAUCGCCACUAGUCCGAGUGGCACAUCUAACACAAAAGUAUUUUAGACAUAUAUUCAACUUGACAACUGCAUAAAUGGAGUAUGUUAACGGUAGCCACACGUGCAGCUGUUCCCUCACCCCUCAAACUGGCUGAACUGUCAAAAGUGACUACGCCUCCACGCAGCGCGUCAUCAUACUAUGUUUUGUAUUAAUACAUUUUCUUAGCGCAAGAAAAUAAAAUAUAUGUCUGAUCCUUUUAUGUAUUAGGAAAGUAAAAAAAAUAAACAUACACUUAUGAAAAAAAAAAAAAAAUCUAUUACAAUAAACAAUAUUCCAACCUCCAAAUAUUGGGGUGGGUUACACAUGGUUAAACAUUGAUCUAAGAAGACAUGGCUAUGAUUUUAUACUAUUUUGUGAAACACAUGUAAACCUUGAAAAUCUCAAGAAACAUGUCUCUUUUUAAUUAUUACAGGUCAAU